AUGUCUCAAUCCAUCAGUGUGUCAACGACUCAGGCCCAAUCUGGUAUAUCCCAGGAUCUCCGGAAUAACAUCUACUCGGCCCUACUCUCCGGCGAUGGCAUCCGCAAUAUCGAAUCCACUCUUGAUGAAUCCUUGCGCGUCUCUGGCUUCAAAGAUGCUCUGAGAGCCUACAUUACCGAUCUCUUCCGCUCAGGCCAAGCCACUACCUGCGAGGAAGCCCGGAACCUGGCCAUGCAGAAAAUCAGGGAGCAGACGCGUGGUCUGGGCGAGGAUUCCAACGGAGUGAACGGAACUACAAAUGCAAAUGGCGAGAGUGGGGAGGAGGUCGACUUGAAGAUUCCCAAGUCGGCAAUCGACGCCGGUGCAAAGACGGUCAUGAAGGAGUUGGAAAAGGUGUGCGACAUUACAUACGAAGACGACAAGUGA